UGAGGUGGGUACCAUCAGAUCCCUUAGCUGCGAGCUGUGUUGACUGCCAUUACUCAUUUUCCCUUUUUCUCAAUUAUGUGUGAGAAGAUGGCUCUGCACACCCCCAGAGGCCUUUGGACAGCAGCUGCGAUGGUCAUGCUGAUGCUGAGCAUCCAGAUGACUGAGGGCAGAGACUCUCCAGAGGAUUUCGUGGUCCAGGAUAAGUUCCUUUGCUACUUCACCAACGGGACGGAGCGGGUGCGGUAUGUGGAGAGAUACAUCUAUAACCGGGAGGAGAUCGUGCGCUACGACAGCGACGUGGGGAAGUUCGUGGCCCUGACGCCGCUGGGGCGGCCGACCGCCAAGUACUGGAACAGCCAGAAAGACAUCCUGGAGAAGAGACGGGCCGAGAUGGACACGGUGUGCAGACACAACUACCGGAUUGAGGAGAGCUUCACGGUGCAGCGGCGGGUGGCGCCUGAAGUGACCAUCUCUCCAGCCAGGACAGAGACCAUAAACCACCACAACCUGCUGGUCUGCACAGUGACAGAUUUCUAUCCAGGCCAAGUCAAUGUCCGGUGGUUUCGGAAUGACCAGGAGGAGACAGCUGGCGUUGUGUCCACUCCCCUUAUUAGGAAUGGUGACUGGACCUUCCAGAUCCUUGUGAUGCUGGAAAUGACUCCCCAGCGUGAAGAUGUCUACACCUGCCACGUAGAGCACCCCAGCCUGCAGAGCCCCAUUGUGGUGGAGUGGCGGGCACAGUCUGAAUCUGCCCAGAGCAAGAUGCUGAGUGGUGUCGGAGGCUUUGUGCUAGGGCUGGUCUUCCUGGGGCUGGGCCUUAUUAUCCAUCACAGGAGCCAGAAGGGACCUCGUGGGCCUCCACCAACAGGGCUCCUGCACUGACUCCUGAGGAUGUUUUGACUAGGAUUGCUUCUUGUUGUCCUGUAAUGCCUGCCUUGUCUUGCUCAGAAUGCCAGCUGCCUGUGUCUGCUUGGUCCGCCUGUGAGAUCUGAAUCCUGCAGUGGUUCUGGCACAGCUGCCAGGUCACCUCCUGUGACCCCUGCCCCAGAGACCUGGCUGUUACUCUGGUUCCUGCACUGAUGCAGGAGCUUCUGCCGUGUGUGCUGCCAGCUGCGUCUCCGCAGACCCCAUGGAGUUUUCUGUUUCUAUUCCCCCCAGAGACUGCUCAAGAGAUACACAGUGAACCCAUUUAACUGACUAUAGAGCUUUUUUCAAAAUUAAACAUGUUUAUGACUUAUCUGUACUCUGAGCUUCCUUAACUGGGCAGAGGCAGAAAACUACUCCAGGAUGAAAGGAACAAAUUGUGAGAUGACUGACACCAUUGCCGUCAGGUUGAUUCUGACUCAUAGUGACCCUAUAGGACACAGUAGACCUGCCCCCAUAGGGUUUCUAAGGAGUGGCUGGUUGAUUCGAACUGCUGACCUUUUGGAUAGCAGCCAACCUCUUAACUGCUGUAACACCAGGGCUCCAUGAGGUGACCUAGCCAAUCUCAAAACCUGUGGCCAGAAAGAGGAGCUCCUCCUUGAAAGGAGGCUAGAAGCAUCAUGAGUUCAUGUAAGGGUAGGCGGAGGACAUAGAAAGUAAACUGAAUUGUUCCAUCGUCCAUGGUUCUUUAGAAUCAAUGUUCAGUGCAGUGACUUUAGGGUAUCCUGGACUUUCUUCCAGUUUGGUAAGAAUUGUGCAGGUAAGCAUGGCGAAGUUGUUUAGAGGAAGAUAGAGUGACUUCUGGUGUCACAGAGAACCAGACCGAUGUUUCACAUAUAUUGCUGGUAAUGACAUGGAUCAAGGCCUAUUUUUAUUUUUGAGAAAGUAUAACCAGCAAUAAGAAUGCAAUGCUUUUUAUUUUUUUUUUUAAUUUUACUUUAGGUGAAGGUUUAGGGAACAAACUUGUUUCUCAUCAAACACUACACACAUUGUUCUAUAACAUUGGUUAACAACCCCAUGACAUGUCAACGCUUUCCCUUCUCAACCGUGCGUCCCCUAUUACCAGCUUUCCUGUUCCCUCCUGCCUUCUAGUCCCUGCCCCAGGGCUGGUGUGCCCCUUUUUGCUUUGUUCCAUAGUCUUGUUCAAUCUUUGGAUAAAAGGUGAACCUCAGGAGUGAUCUCAUUACUGAGCUGAAAGGGUGUCCGGGGGACAUACUCUUAGGGUUUUUGCAGUCUCUGUCAGGUCCGCAAGACUGGUGUUUGUCUUUGAGUUAGCAUUUUGUUCUAGGUUUUUCUCCAGCUCUGUCUGGGACCCUGUGUUGUGAUCCCUAAGAAUUUAAUUCUUGAUUCCAAAUGGUAGAAACUCAACUGAAAUUUAUUUUGUUCAUGUAACAAGAAAGUCUAGGGAUCAGGUUGAUUUCAGAAAUGACUAGAUUCGGCUAUUCAGUGCAGCCUUCAUCUCUUUUCUUUCCACUGUAUCUGUGCACCUUUCUCUGUUUCUCCGUCUCUUUGUUCCUGUAUAUUUCUCUCUGUGUCUCUCUGGGUCUUUUUAUGUGUCUCUCUCUAUUUUUGUUUUUCUCUCUGUGUGUCUACUCCUUUCUCACUAUUUCCUGCAUCACUUUAUCUCUAUGUUUCUUUCUGCAUCUCUGUUUCUCACCACCUUACAUCUUAUCUCUGUCUCUGUGUGCAUGUCUGUCACUGCUGGGUGUCUCCAGAGUGUCUACCAGGGUUUGCACAAUUUUAAGGAAGAUUCUGAUUGGUUAAGUGUGGGUCUCAUACACACCUCGGAAACAUCACCCAGUACAUGGGAUGCAGACAGCUGGCCUUAUGUCCCCAGCCCUUAUCAGUAAUUGGGACAGAACUUUCCAGAUUGUCAUGAUGCUGGAAAAGACAUCUUAGGGCGUAGAUAUCUAUUACCGCCACGUGGGACACCCCAGUCUCCGAAGCUUUCCACAGUGGAGUGGCAUAAGGUACAAUUUUUUUUCCUUUCACUGUGGGCCCACGAGAGAGGCAGAGCUCCCUUAGGUUCUGGCGUCCCUCAUUACGAGCGCUGACUCAUGCUCAAUCCCUUGUUUCCUCCAGCAUCAUCUGAUGGUGUAGGAAUCCUCAGGGGACAGAGCUCCUCUAGUCUGUGGAAAUAUUUACACUUUGAUUUCUUUCCUUUUAGUUUUAUUGUGCUUAGGUGAAUGUUUACAACUCAAGUUAAUUUCUCAAUAAAAAAUUUGUAUGCACAUUGUUUUGUGAUAUUGGUUGCAAUCCCCACAAUGUGACAGUGUGAUCCCCUUUUCCACCUGGUGUUCUCUGUGUUCAUUCAUCCAGUUCCUGUCCCUUCCUGCCUUCUUGUCUUGCUUUUGGACAGGAGUUGGCCAUUUGGGCUCAUAUAUUUGAUUGAAAUAAGAAGCACUCUUCUCACAUGUGUUAUUGUUUGUUUUAUAGGCCUGUCUAGUCUUUGACAGUGCACUUUGGGAAAGGUUUAAGUUCUGGGUUAGCAGAGUGUCUGUGGGCCAUAGUCUCGGGGGUUCCUCCAGGCUUUGUCAACAAGUAAUCUAGUUUUUUUUUUUGUGUGUGUGUGAAUUUGAAUUCUGUUUUACAUUUUUCUCCCGUUCUGUGUGGAACUCUCUGUUGUGAUUCCUGUUAGAGUGGUGGUUGGUGAUAUCCAGGCACCAUCUAGUUCUUCUGGCCUUACGCUGGUGGAGAAUGUGGUGCUUGUGGUCCUUUAGUCCUUUGGGCCAAUAGAUUCUAUGUGUCUCUGGUUUUCUUAAUUUUUUUUGCUCCUGAUGUGAUGGGACCAAAAGAUGUAUCUUAGAUGGCUGCUCAUAAGCUUUUAAGACCCCGGACACUACUUGCCCAUUUUUUAACUGGAUUAUUUGUUUUUUGUUGUAGAGAUGUUGGGUUUUCUUAUAGAUUUUAGAGAUUAGACCUUUGUCAGAUUUGUCAUAGCCAAAUUUUUUUUCCUAGCCUGUAGGUUCCCUUUUUACUCCUUUACUGAAAUCUUUCAAUGAACAUAAGUGUUUAAUUUUUAGAAGAUUCCAGUUAUCUGUCUUAUCUUCUGGAGUUUGUGUGUUGUUAGUUAUGGUUUGUGUCCUGUUUAUGCCAUGUAGUAGGGCCUCUAGCAUCGAUCCUAUUUUUUCUCCCAUUUUCUUCAUAGUUUUUCAUAUUAUGUUUAAUUUUUGAUCCAUUUAGAAUUAGUUUUUGUGUAUCGUGUGAGGUAUGGGUCCUGUUUCAUUUUUCUGCAGAUGGACAUCCAUUUUUGUCAGCACCAUUUGUUAAAAAGAUUCUUUUCCCUAUUCGAUGGGCUUUGGACCUUUGCCGAAGAUCAAGUGACUGUAGGUGAAUGGAUUUACAUCUAGGUUCUCAAUUCUGUUCCAUUGAUCAAUGUAUCUGUUGUUGUACCAGUACCUGGCUGUGCCAAUUUCCCUAGCUGUGUAGUACGUUCUGAGGUCAGGUAGCGUGAGUCCUCCUACUUUAUUCCUCAGUAAUGCUUUACUUAUCCGGGACUUCUUCCCUUUCACGGAAAGUCAAUGAUCAGUUUUUCCAUCUCUUUAAAGAAUGCUGUUGGUAUUUGGAUUGCAAUUGUAUUGUGUUUGUAGAUUGCUUUGGGUAGAGUUGACAUUUUCACAAUGUUGAGUCUACCUAUCCAUGAGCAUGGUAUGUUUUUCUAUUUAUGUAGAUCUCUUUUGGUUUCUUGCAGUAGUGUUUUGUAGUUUUCUUUGUAUAGGUCUUUUGCAUUCCUGGUUAGAUUUAUUCCUAAGUAUUGUAUUUUUUUAGAGGCCAUUAUAAAUGGUGGUGCUUUCCUGAUUUCCUUUCUGUAGUUCUCUUUAUUGAUGCAUAAAAAUCCAACUGACUUUUGUAUGUUUAUCUUGUAUCCUGUUACUCUGCUAAAUCUAUUAGUUCCAGUAGUUUUCUUGUGAAGUCCUUUGGGUUCUCUAUGUAUAGUAUCAUAUCAUCUGCAAAUAAUCAUAGUUUUACUUCUUCCUUUCCAUGUCUCUUGUGAAUCCAAUUUGAAUUUCUGACAGUUCCCUGUCAAUGUACCGUGCAAUCGUUUUUGAAUGAUCUUUAGCAAACUUUUACUUGCUUGAGAUAUUAAUGAUAUUGUUCAAUAAUUUUCCAUUUUCUUGGGUCACCUUAGUUUGGAAUGUGUCAAAUAUGGAUCUCUUCCAGUUAGAUGGCCUGGUUGCUGUCUUCCAAGUUUUUAACAUAGAUGAGUGAGUGCUUCCAGAGUUGCAUCCAUUUGCUGAAACAUCACAAUUGGUAUUCUGUGCAUUCCUGGAGUCUUGUUUUUCACCAAUGCCCUCAGUGUCUUGGACGUCUUACUUCAGUACCAUUGGGUGGCACAGAGGCUGAAAGAUUGGCUGUUAACCAAAAGAUUGGCAGUUCGAAUCCACCAGCCACUUCUUGGAAACCCAAUGGGGCAGUUCUGCUCUGCCCUAUAGGGUCACUAUGAGUUAGAACCUACUGGAAUGCAACGGGUUUUUGUUUUUUUGUUGCCAUCGGAAUUUCAUCAUAUGCUACCUCCUGAAAUGUCUGAAUGCUGACCAAUCCUUUUCAGUACAGUGAGUCCAGGUAUUCCUACCAUGUUCUUCUGAUGCUUACUGCCUCAUUGACUAUUUUGCCUACAGAAUUCUUCAGUAUUGCAACUCGAGGAUUGAAAAUUUUCUUCAAUUCUUUCCACUUCAGAAAUGUGAAGCCUGUUUUUUGCUUUUGGUUUUCUAACUUCAGGUCUUUCCACAUUUCAUCAUAAUACUUUACUUUGUCUUCUUGAGCCUCCCUUUGAAAUCUUCCAUCCAACUCUUUCACGUGAUUGUUUUUUCUGUUCAGUUUAGCUACUCUGCGUUCAAGAGCAAGUUUCAGAGUCUGUUCUGACAUCCAGUUUGGUCUUUCUUUCCUGUCUUUUUAAUGAAUUUUUUUGCUUUCUUCAUGUAUGAUGUCCUUGAUAUCAUCCCACAAAUUGUCUGGUCUUCAGUCAUUAGUGUUCCAUGUGUCAAAUCUAUGCUUGAGAUGGUCUCCAAAAAUCAAGUGGGAUAUACUCAAGGUUGUACUUUGUCUCUCGUGGUUUUGUUUUAAUUUUAUUCAGCUUCAAUUUGAACUUUCAUAUAAGCAACUGAUGGCCUGUUUUACAGUCGGUCCCUGGCCUUGGUCUGACUGAUGAUAUAAAGCUUCUUUAUCUUCUUUUUAUACAGACGUAGUGGAUUUGAUUCCUGUGUUUUCAAUCUGGUGUGACCCGAGUGUAUAGUUGCUGCUUAUGUUGUUGAAAAAAGAUAUUUGCAAUGAAUAAGUCAUUUGUCUCAUGAAAUUCUAUCUUGUGAUCUCCAACUUUUGCAUUCCAAUCACCAGUAAUUAUUAAUGCAUUUUGAUUACAUACUUGAUCAGUACAUAGACCAAGAGACAGUUGUUUGAACAGAACAAGGGGAUUCUGAGUGGUUUAAAAUCAGAAAAGGUAUGCAUCAGGGUUAUAAACUUUCACCAUACUUAUUCAUUCUGUAUGCUGAGCAAAUAAUCUGAGAAGUCUGGUUAUAUGAAGAACUCAAUAUCAGGAUUGGAGGAAGACUUAUUAACAACUUGCAAUAUGCAGAUGACAAAAUCUUGCUUGCCAAAGAUGAACAGAGCUUGAAGCACUUACUGAUGAAGAUCAAAGGCUACAGCCUUCAGUAUGGAUUAUAUUUCAGCAUAACAAAACAAAAAUCCUCACAACUGGACCAAUGGGCAACAUCAAGAUAAAUGCAGAAAAGUUUGAAAUUGUCAAGGAUUUAUUUUUCUUCUCUCUACAAUCAAAACCCAUGGAAAUAAAAAAAUAGCAGCCAAGAAAUCAGAGACAUAUUGCAUUUGACGAACCUGCUGCAAAAGACCUCUUUAAAAUGUUUAAAAGCAAAGAUGUCACUUUGAGGACUCAGGAGCUACUGACACAGCCAUGGUGUUUUCAGUCACCUCAUUUGCAUGCAAUAGCUGAACAAUGAAUGAAGAAGACAGAAGAAUUCAUGCCUUUGAAUUAUGUUGUUGGCAAAGUAUACUGAAUAUACCAUGGACUGCCUGAAUCUGUCUUGGAAGAAGUUCAGACAGAAUGCUCCGUAGAAGCAAGGGUGGCAAGACUUUGUCUCAUGUACUUUGUAUGUGUUAUGAGGAGGGACCAGUCCUUGGAGAAGGACAUCAUGCUUGGUAAGGUAGAGGGUCAGCUAAAAGAAGACCCUCAAUGAGAUGCACUGACACAGUGGCAGCAACAAUGAACUCAAACAUGGCAAUGAUUGGAAGAUGGUGCAGGUCUGGGCAGUGUUUCCUUUUAUUGUACAUAAUGUCACCAUGGGUCGGUUCCCACUGGGCACCUAAAAACAACAACGAUGAUUAACAUGUUAAAGUCUCAACUGGGGAAGACAGACUGCAGGUAAGAUCAGGUAAGAUUGAUAGGUAUUUUCAACAGAGAGAGAAACUAUAGGAAAAAUCAAACGGAAAUGCUAGAAAUAAAAAUACAUUAACAGAAAUGAAGAAUGCUUUUGAUACAGUCAAAGAAAUAAUCAAUGAAUUUCAAAUUGGUCAAUAAAAAUUUCCCAGAGUGAAACACAAUACUAAAAAAGAGUUUAAAAAAAGGAAAGAAAGAAAA